UUUGAUAGUUGCUUAAUUACCCAUGUGGUGGAGCACAGAUGUCAGGGAUGCUCCUGCCCAAAGUUUACUCGAAUAACUGGCUGACUGACUGAGUGACAGGAUCCGAGGGGAGGCAGACGUUUAAGAAGCGGCCGGCGUGUACAUAAUUGGACUCUUAUCACCUUAUCUGCAGAUCCACAGAGUGGAAUGUGUUCAGCAAUGCUGCAUUAUACUUUACACAAGUUGUUCCUAAUGGCCAUUAUCACGUCUGCUGGACUGGCUGAGACAAACAUCACAGAUGAACUAACUAGCACCGACGUCUCCUCCGUCAGGCCCAUGGGAACCCACAGCCAUGCGGUACGGCUCCCGGGUUCUGGGUCCAGCAUCACACUGGACAAUAGUACAAAGUUUCCAGUUAGAAGAAUGCCUCCACCAUGUAAAGACUCUACUUCUAUUACGGAUACCUUUAAGGUCAUCAACACUUUCAUCUCCUGUGUGGUGUUUGUGGUGGGCAUGGUGGGCAAUGCCACACUGCUGAGGAUUAUAUACCAGCACAAGUGCAUGAGGAAUGGGCCUAAUGCUCUCAUCGCCAGCUUGGCACUUGGCGAUCUCAUUUAUAUCACCAUAGACAUUCCCAUCAAUGUCUACAAGCUUCUAAUGGGAAAAUGGCCAAUGGAUCAUGACUCAUUUGGCCUCUUCCUGUGUAAACUUGUGCCCUUCCUUCAGAAAGCAUCAGUAGGCAUUACAGUGCUCAAUCUGUGCGCUCUCAGUGUGGACAGGUACAGGGCUGUAGCUUCAUGGAGUCGUGUUCAGGGAGUGGGGAUCCCUCUUCUCACUGCUGUUGAAAUCAUGGUCAUCUGGGUGCUUUCGAUCAUCCUGGCUGUGCCUGAGGCUGUGGGGUUCAACAUGGUGUCUUUCACAUACCAAAACACAUCGUACCGGACCUGCAUGCUCAAACCUGAGUCUGACUUUAUGAAGUUAUAUGUUCAGGCGAAGGACUGGUGGCUGUUCGGUUUUUAUUUCUGUGUGCCACUCGCCUGCACCGCUUUAUUCUACACCCUCAUGACCUUUGAGAUGCUGAGCCACAGAAACGGAAGCCUGCGAAUCGCCCUUAGUGACCAUCUCAAACAGAGGCGAGAGGUGGCAAAAGCCGUCUUCUGUCUGGUCCUGAUCUUCGCACUCUGUUGGUUCCCCCUGCACCUCAGUAGAAUCCUGAAGAAAAUGGUCUAUGAUCCUCUUGAUGAGAAACGCUGCGAAAUGUUCAACUUCCUGUUGAUCCUAGACCAUCUUGGCAUCAACCUAGCCACUGUCAACUCCUGUAUCAAUCCCAUUAUCCUCUACUUCGUCAGCAAGAAGUUCAAAAAUUGCUUUAAGUCUUGUUUGUGUUGCUGGUGCUACUCCAAGAACCAAGUCACCAGUUUGGGUCCAAUGAACGGCACAAGCAUCCAGGGCAAAAACCAAGAACCCAUCAACCUUCCUACGGAUCGCAGCCUGAGGAAAGACAGCGACUGAACCUUACUACAUCUGUAGUCAACAGGACAAACUGUAAUUCGUCAGUACCAGUAUGCCACCACGUCAGGUUCAACAUAUGAACCCUGAACUUCAGAGUUUGAAGAAAACGAGUACUUUUCUGUGCUGGCACAGUGUGAGAAGCUGCUUCGAUAUAUACAGUAUAAAUAUAUAGCUAUAUACUACACAAC